CUUCUCUUUUCCUCUUGUCUUUUUCUAGACCUCUUCCAAAAUGGGUGCGGCGGCGGCGGCGGCGGCGGUGGCGGUGGUGUUGGUGGCUUUCCUCUGCUGCGGCGCCGCCCAAGUGCAGCAGCAGCAGCGGCAGCGGCAGCUGAGAUUCGACGGCAGAAGGGGAGAGUUCAGGGUUCUGCAGGUGGCGGAUAUGCACUUCGCCGACGGCAAGACCACCCCUUGCGAGGACGUCCUCCCGCAGCAGAUGGCCGCCUGCUCCGACCUCAACACCACCGCCUUCAUCCGCCGCGUUAUCCUCGCCGAGAAACCCGACCUCAUUGUUUUCACCGGGGACAACAUUUUCGGAUUCGACGCGACCGACGCGGCGGCGUCGAUGAACGCCGCCUUUGCUCCGGCGGUAGCGUCCAACAUCCCAUGGGCGGCGGUUCUCGGAAACCACGACCAGGAAUCCACUCUGUCGAGACAGGGUGUGAUGAAGCAUAUUGUCGGAAUGAAGAACACUCUGUCGCAGGUUAAUCCCACCGGAGUCCACGUCAUCGACGGAUAUGGAAACUACAAUUUGGAGGUUCAUGGUGUACAAGGUUCUAACUUAGUUAAUAAAUCACUUCUGAAUCUGUAUUUCUUGGAUAGCGGCGAUUAUUCGACGGUUCCUUCGAUUCCGGGCUACGGUUGGAUUAAACCCUCUCAGCAACUUUGGUUUCAGCACACUUCAUCCAAGCUUAAGAGGAGUUACACAAACAAGCCACACCCACAAAAGGGCCAAGCCCCGGGUCUAGCAUACUUCCACAUUCCACUACCCGAAUACUCGAGCUUCGACUCGUCAAAUUUCACAGGAGAAAAACUAGAAGGGGCUAUUAGCUCUCCAACAGCCAACUCGGGAUUUUUCACAACUAUGGUUGAAUCAGGCGACGUGAAGGCAGUUUUCACAGGGCAUGAUCAUUUAAACGACUUCUGUGGUGAGUUGACCGGGAUUCAUUUAUGCUAUGCUGGAGGCUUCGGUUAUCAUGCCUACGGAAAAGCUGGAUGGUCUAGAAGGGCUAGAAUGGUGGUCGCUUCUUUGGAGAAAACGGACAAGGGUUCUUGGGGAGGGGUCAAGUCUAUUAAAACGUGGAAACGUUUAGAUGACGAACAUUUGACUGCUAUUGAUGGACAAGUGUUGUGGAGUAAGAGCUUUAGUCGUAAGGGUAUGUAAAGUCGAGUGAUUCUGUUUUACGAGUUUUUUUUGUUGUUGUUACACUGUAAACAAAGAUACAAAUCGAGCAAUAACAGGUUUCGUGAACCAAGAAUCGCUCGUUUUUCCUGGAUUUGUUACAUAGGAAAGCCAAUUCUCUAUCUAUAUUCACUAUCUUCAUAGCA